AAAGCGGAAGUACAUCGUUCCCUGCCGGACCCUCGGAGUGUAACACCGAGCGGUGAGUGUAGUGGGUAAGUCCAAAUAAAAUCACCACUAACGGAGCGACGAUGUCCUCGGUUCAGUAUCUGAAAGAGUUCAUCUCCCAGCGACUGACCGCUGCUGCUGUGGAAAUAUUCGGAGCCUUUGAACAAACCAUCGUCGAGUACGAAGAAGAGCUCGACCGUCAGCGCAGACUGUUGGACGCUGUGUUGAGACCUGAGAUCAAACUACACAGGAUAGAGAUUCCAGAUGUGUGUGAGGAAGAGGAGGCGGUUCCCACUCACCUGAAGAUCUCUCAUCACGUGAAGAAAACCAGUCACAUUGUAGAUGAUCCAAAUCUUCCACAAAUAAAAGAGGAACACGAGGAACCACGCACUAGAGAAGGAGAGACGCUUGUUCUGAAGCAGGAGACCGAUAAUGUGAUAAGUUCAGCAUUCGAGGACAAUUCAGCAGAAGAAAAUGGUGACAAUCAACUCCUCUCUCACAGCUCUCUUGUCACCCUCAAUGUAGACAACUCUGCUAUGACAAAGAGUCCAACAGAUGAAAUUAUUUUUAAAUGUACCAUUUGUAGUAGAACCUUUAAUGCCAAAGGUGCAUUAGAGAGUCAUGUGAAAACCCACACAAAGCAAAAUCUGACAUGUAACACAUGUGGAAAGAAAUUCCUUUAUUUAUCAGUGUUAAAAACACAUGAGAUAAUCCACACAGAUGAGAAGCCAUUCUCUUGUACAACCUGUGGGAAACGAUUUAGACUCAAAUCAAAUCUAGGAGAUCAUCUAAGGGUUCACACGGAUGAGAAGCCAUUCCCCUGUAAAAUCUGUGGGAAACGAUUCAGGCGAAACUCAAAUCUAGGAGUUCAUCUGAUGACUCACACAGGUGAGAAACCAUUUGUAUGCCAAAGGUGUGGAAAACGCUACAGACACAACAUCAGUUUGGGAGUCCACAUGAGAAAAGUUCACACAGACGACACGCUGUACUGCUGUAACGUCUGCAGCAAAGGCUUCAAUGAAUCCAGGACUUUGAAGCAACACAUGAUGGUGCACACAGGUGUAAGCCCCAUUCCUGUGAAGCAUGUGGUGAAAGCUUUACAGAUGGUAAAGCCUUGUUGAACCAUGACGUCUCACAAAGUUCUGUGUGGAAAAUAGGAAGGCAGCGUUUCAGUUAAAAUUAUAUUUAUGCUGUACAUUGUAUUUUUCUAACUGCCUUAUAAUAAAAUGAUUUGUCAUGA